UCCCCCUGGAGAUGAGAGACGAGCUGGUUGCCGGAGUGGAAUACAUCAAGACUCUGGUGAACAGAUUCAACAAGUUGAAUCCGAUGAUCAUUGAGGUGUUCGGUAAAAAGUUGGCAGAGAUUUUGUGCCGUAAAUACAUUGGGCACUGGUACCCGGACAAGCCUAUAAAGGGCCAGGCGUACAGAUGCAUCAGAAUCAACAGACAAGAUAGGGAUCAGAGCAUCCUAGAGGCUUGCGCUCAGUGUGGUCUCAGCUACAAGGACUUGUCUUUGCCCAAAGAGAUGACCCUGUGGAUUGACCCUUAUGAAGUCUCCUGCCGGCUGGGAGAAGAAAACUACCCAUACACAGUGGCCAUUUUUGACUCCAGGACUGAACGUAUUCCAGCAGAUACCAGCAUCAUAAAUGGUCAGGAAAAAGCCUCCACAGAUAACAAAUGCUCCACUCCCACCCCAGAAGAGGACAGCUCCGUCUCAAGUUCUUCACUCCCAUCAUCCCCCAGUGUUGCAGGUGCUGAGAGCGAUAGCGGGUAUGAUGGUAGCUGUGAAGAUACAAAUACACCACCAACCUCAUGCAGUCCUACAGAAGAAAACAUCUGGCCUCCACGGCUCUCUUCAGAACACCAGCUCCUCUCUGGAUCCCUGACUGGAGGGCGACACAAUUUUAUCACCAAAUCAGUAUAG